CUUUCCUCCUCCUCCCCCUCUCUCACUCCGUCUUCCUCCCUUCCUUUUCCGUCUCCCGUCUUCAGCCUCCUCCUCUGCACCUCCUGUUUUUGGUACGCCACCUCCCCUCCCGUCUCCUCACUCCUACCCCUCAGUCUCCACUCAGCAGCAGCAGCGAGCUCUCGGUGUUUCGGCGGAGCAGGAGGAGAAACCGGACAAGCGACAGAGCGAUGCUGAGAGCGCGGCAGGAUGUCUUUCACCUCCUCCUUGUACUCCUGGUCCCGGACUCUUCGAGCCUUCCUCCUCCUGCAGCUCCUCUUCGUGCCACCGUGUCUCCUCCACCCGCAGCCGUGCCGCCUCCUGGCGCAGAUCGGACACACGGUGCGCGUCGGUGCGCUCCUGCCGGCGCAGCGGGCGGCUCGCGGUCAGGUUCAGGCGGCGCUGAGUCGCGCCGCCGCCGCCGCCACCGCAAUGAACCGGGACCGGGAUCAGGACCGGGAGCGGGAGAGGGACAACUUCUUGCCCUACAACCUGAGCCUGGAGCUGGUGUCCCGACAGCCGGUCGCCGCGGACCCGGAGUCCCUGUUCCGGUGCGUGUGUCAGGGUGUCGUGAUGCAGGGAGUGUCCGCCGUGCUCGCCUUCCCGCAGAGCCGCGAAGAGCUGCUACAGGUGGACUUCAUGGCCUCGUUCCUGGAGAUCCCGUUCCUCAGCCUCAUUGACCACGGGGAGCCGCUCCACGCGCAGAACCGGUUCCACCUGCAGAUGAUGACAGGGAUUCUGGAGUCCGGUCUGUCUGAUCUGUUGCUGAAGGUUCUGCAGAGGUCCGGUUGGAGGGAGGGUACCAUGGUUCUGUGUCGGGGCUGGGAGGAAGCUCGAGGUCUCCUGCGGCUCCUGGAGGGUCAGAGCGGUGCAUCAUGGGAUGGUGGGGCCACCUGGCACCUACGGGCCCUUCUGAACCUGACGCGGUCCGCCCAUGACGAUACACAGAUCCACGACUUUCUGUCACGACACUUCAAACAGAACGGGCCGUCGGCAUCAGUGCUGCUGUUUGGGACCGACCCCCAGUGCGUGGCAGCGGUGCUGCGCAGCGCCCACGACCUGGGUCUCACCUUACCAACGGUGCACUGGGUGCUGGGCCAGCCGCUCAACCCUGACGCCCUGCACGCCAUAGGGCUGCCGCUUGGCCUUCUGGCUUACGGACAGGUGGACAGGAAACCGCUCGAUUAUUACAUCAGAGACGCCUUACAGCUCAUCAGCAGGGCCGUUGCCGCAGCCACCAUGGUGAGACCAGACCUAGCCCUGAUACAGAACAUAGUGAACUGCUACGACAAACCCAACAAACACGAGGUGCCGUCGUCAGGACAGUACCUGUCCAGGUUUCUGGCCAACACGUCUUUCUCUGGUCUGACGGGUCUGGUCCGAGUCCACCAGGACCAGUCUCAGGUCCUCACCUUGCAGCGGUUCCACAUCUGGAGCCUGCGGCGCGACGCUCUGGGUCAACCCACCUGGGUGACGGUGGGCAGCUGGGAGGGGGGUCAGCUGCAGGUGGAAGACCAGGGAGUCUGGCAGGGACCCAAACCUAGGCACAGGACAGAGGGGGUGGGCGGGAGGACCAGGGGUCGCUGGAGGGCUGGGAUGCCAGUGUUGGGGAGUCGGGUGCGGGUGGUGACUCUGGUGGAACAUCCCUUCGUGUUCACGCGGGACGUGGAUGACGAGGGUAGCUGCCCGGCAGGUCAGUUCUGCUUGGAUGCCGGGACCAACAGCUCAGAGACUCUGGAGAGGUACUUCAGGGAGGUGGCAGGUGGGAACGGCAGCUUCCUGCCUGCACAGUACAGCAAGUGUUGCUACGGGUACUGCAUCGACCUGCUGGAAAAGUUGGCAGAGGACCUGGGCUUCGAGUUUGACCUUUACAUUGUUGGAGAUGGGAAAUAUGGUGCGUGGAAGGGGGGCCGGUGGACCGGGCUUGUGGGGGAUCUUCUGAACGGACUGGCGGACAUGGCCGUCACCUCCUUCAGUAUCAACUCAGCUCGGAGUCGGGUGAUCGACUUCACUUCGCCUUUCUUCUCCACCAGCCUGGGGAUCCUGGUGCGCAGUAAGGACACGGCGGCCCCUAUCGGAGCCUUCAUGUGGCCCCUGCACUGGUCGAUGUGGGUGGGCAUCUUCCUGGCACUGCACAUCACGGCGCUCUUCCUCACGCUGUACGAAUGGAAGAGUCCAUUCGGUAUGACGCCUCACGGACGCAACAGGAUGAGGGUGUUCUCGUACUCAUCGGCUCUGAACCUGUGCUAUGCAAUCCUGUUUGGACGCACCGUGUCCUCCAAGACACCAAAGUGCUGGACAGGUCGGUUUCUGAUGAAUCUUUGGGCCAUCUUCUGCCUGCUGGUGCUGUCCAGUUACACGGCCAACCUCGCCGCCGUUAUGGUGGGAGAGAAGACCUUCGAGGAGGUCACAGGGAUCCAUGAUGCCAAGCUGCACCACCCGUCCCGGGGCUUUCGUUUUGGGACAGUGAGGGAGAGCAGUGCCGAGGAUUACAUGAAGAAGAGUUUUCCAGAGAUGCACGAGUACAUGAGACGCUUCAACGAACCGACAACACCCGAAGGAGUCGCCACCCUCAAGACAGAUCCUCCUCAGCUUGAUGCGUUCAUCAUGGACAAAGCUCUGCUGGACUACGAAGUUUCCAUCGACGCCGACUGUAAACUGGCGACUGUUGGGAAACCGUUCGCCAUCGAAGGUUACGGUAUCGGCCUGCCUCAGAACUCUCCUCUGACGUCGAACAUCUCCGAGUUCAUCAGCAGAUAUAAAUCUGAUGGAUACAUGGACCUGCUGCAUGACAAGUGGUACAAAGUGAUUCCCUGUGGGAACAGGGUGUUUGCCGUCACUGAGACUCUUCAGAUGGGGAUCAGUCACUUUUCAGGACUCUUUGUGCUGUUGUGUUUUGGAGUGGGCGGAGCUUUGCUGACGCUGGCAGGUGAACACGGAUUCUACCAACUUGUCUUGCCGCACAUCCGCCGCCGACAGAACCUCAAGUACUGGCUACACACCUCACAGAAAAUCCAUCGAGCUCUGAACAUGACGUAUGAAGACGUGAAGAGGCAACAAGCCGAGAAAGAAAAAAGCUGCAACCUGCAGAAGUCUCAACCCCCCCCUUGCCCUCCUGCCCCGCUGGCACCUGGAGCCUCGGCCAAGUGGAACAACGAGACCAGUAAGGACACUGCCGCCACCAGUGCUACCACGAAGGACACCCGGGACUUCAGACGAGUUCACUUCAACCUGGAGACCCUCAACACCCGCCGUUUGCUCGCUCGCAUCGCUGCCUCCGACACCAAGGGAGGCAGGGCUAAAGGUGGCACGGAGGUGCCUGCUGAGCCGAGGGUGGGGCUGAACAGCAGACUGUUUGAGAACGGGGGGCCUGCGCCUUCGUUUGCCAGCCUAGUGCUCUCCCUCCCCUCCUCAUCCUCUUCCUCUGCUCGACCCAAUACCUCUGCUAAUCCUCCUGCAACUGUAGCCCCUCCUCUUGAAGCUGCAGCCUCGCCCCCCACUGUAGUGGCCCCACCCAAGCCCAAUGAGCUGCAGGAGCUACAAGACCAGAUCGAACAGAUGAGAGAGAAGCUGAGGAAGGCUCUGGCCAGGAGGGCCGAGAUCCAGACCAGCCUGGCCAAACCUGUUGCUACGAUGACAAACAACCCACCUCCAGCUACCAUGACGACAACAGCUGCGACAACAGUGGCGACAACAGCGAUGACAAUGACGACAAAAGGAGUCCCGUCCACCUUUUUACCCACAGUUGCCCCAGCAACACCCCUGCCUCCCAAUACAAAGUGCGUGAUGACCAUGACAGACCCGCCUCACAAAGUCCUGUCCAAAGUCCGGCCCCUCCACAGCAGACUGACCAAUCAGAGGAGGUGAUGUUCUCUGUAGAUGGCGGCCAUUUUAAUCAGCUGAGAAUUAAAUUAAUUACGUUUUUUUUUAAAUGCCACAGAGAACCUGACAGGACAGAAAACAUCGUCCUCGUUUUCUUUGUUACUGACGCUUCAAAUCUGAUUUUAGUAUCAUUAAUAUAUCCAUUAUAAACAAUAGUAAAUCUGUAAAUUUGCACCUUAAACAAUAAACUCCUGUAAAAGUAAUUUUUAUUAAACUCCUUAAACCGAGAACAUUUAAGUUCGUCCAUUAAUAAUUAAUUUGUCUCAGCUCUAGAUCAGGGGUCAGCAACCUUAAAUACUCAAAGAGCCAUUUGGACCGUCUCCCACAAGAAGAGAAAACACUCGGAGCCACAAAACUCUUUUGACAUCUAAAAUGUCAAAAGAGUUUUUGCAUAUAUCUUUUUUGGCUGUACGCUUUGCUUAAUAAACUAUAGGGUUGCGUUUAUGAAAUCAAUGAACUGCUACAGAGAUCACAAAAUUUUAUUUCUGUAUGUAACAAAAACAUUUUGAAGUCGGAACAAAAGACGCUUGGUUGAUGCUAACUUUCAAAUAAAAUACUCAGUGUCUAUUUGAGUCCUCCUCGUGUUUCUGAAAUAAAAAUCCAAA